GAUGCCAUGAUGUAGUCGUCAAAGGAACCAAAUCCCAAGCAACUCAUUGAGACAACUCCCAACAACAUUCCAGCAACAACUCAGCUGAGCAAGCCCUGGUCUUUGACCAGUCACUUGCUGUCACCACAACUCAAACUGACCAAUCACCAUCCUCCAACCUCAUCAUGAACCAAUCAAAAGAACAGAAUUCGGAGAUUGCCUCAUCAUCAUCAUCAUGUUCAUCAACACCAUCCUCGGGAACUUUGAGCUCCUCAUCGGACAACAUGGCAUUGCCAUUUGCUUCAAUGUUGACCUCGACCGCAGCUUCGACUGCAUCUUUGACAUCGGCCUCAACAUCAACUGCAGCAUCAACGUUCAUAGCUGUGAGGAAGGAACACCAGCAAGGGACCAAGAAGAUUGUCUCAGCUUUGAAACGAAAACGGAAUCCUUGCCACGAAACAACCAAAGAUGAAGAUGAAGGGUCAUCCUCAAAGAAAUCAAGACUCGAUCACGACUCAUCAUCAUCAGGAGAGGUCAGUUUUGCAGAGAAAGCAAAGAAAAAGAAGCGUAGAGUUGUAUUUGAUGGAGUUACUGUAUUCUUCUUCAGAAGGACCCAAGGAUUUACGUCAGUCCCAAGCCAGGGUGGAUCUACUCUAGGUAUGGCCCCAAAACAUGAAACCAUUGGGAAGUUUACCCUCAAACAGUUUGAGCUAUCCCAGGAGAAGUGUCAUAGAGCCAUCCUACGCAAGCAGCUGAUGGACAGACGAUGUCAGCAGCUAAGGGAAUCCUCCCCUUGCUCUACAAUGACAUUGAGAGAAGCAGAAUCGGACUUAGAUGAGGAACUGGACAACAUCAACAUUAAUGACUAUUACUUCUUACAACCGAUUCCAACCAAACAGAGGCGGUUGCUGCUGAAGCGUUCCGGUGUGAAAAAGAUUGACAACACAGAGAAGAUGGAGCUGAAGCGGAUACGCCUGUCGAGGGAGUCCUGUGGUUGUGACUGCCAGGUGGUGUGUGACCCGGAAACAUGUAUGUGUAGUUUGGCCGGCAUCAAAUGCCAAGUGGACAGGCAGUCGUUUCCGUGUGGCUGUAGCAAAGAUGGCUGCCAUAACAAGUACGGGAGAAUAGAGUUCAAUCCUUCAAGGGUGAGGAAUCAUUUUAUCCAGACUGUGGUUCGACUUGACAUGGAGCAUCGGCAAGAUGAGAGGAUGAAUCCUGGUGGAAGCCGCAGCCAGGAAGAUUGCUUUGAGGGUCCUCCAGACAUGAGCUCCUUGUCACACCCCCUUGAAGAUUGGGGUCAUCAAGCCUCAACCAGUUCCAGCCAAAUGUAUUCAGGAAGCCUUAAUGGAAGGGACUUUUAUGGAAAUGUUGAUAUCCCUUUAGGAGAUGACAGGGCCAGUUGUAGCUCUUCCCUGUAUUCCAAGUCAUGUGAUGCUUACGGAAGUGGAAAUUCCUUGGAGGAGAACAUUCCAGUUGAGGUACGCCCUCCAAGGCAACAUGACUUGAUUCCUCAAAUGCUGCAGUUCAACGAGUCAGAGGAUGAAAGUGCUAUGACCCAACCCAUCGCACCCUUAUGUAAUGUUCCCUUGCCCACAAUGCCUUGCUAUGACAGUUCAGAAGAUAAUUUUAGUUCAACUUCAGAUUCAACUUCAAGCUCAGAAGCAAGCUCUAACUACGAUCUCAAUGAAUGUAGUGCAUCCUUUAACAUGAAAUCAUCAGCCGAUUACAACCUUGCCAGUAGUUUAGUGCAAUCAUCAGAGGUUAAUAGUUUGUCUCAUAGUCCUACCGUAGAGGGCACCUUGCCACAUUUGACGCCACUAGAGGUAGCCAAUAUCUUUUCUACCUCUAAACAAACUGCUGAUAACACAAACAGUAAGACAUAUACUGAACUGAAGCAGCCAGACAGCUACACCAAUAGUAGCUUUUCAACUGGUUUGUACAAUCCUGAUAAUUCCGCCCAUAGUAGUUACAGUGAGAUUUUUAUGCCGUAUGAUAAUACUAAGGUAGCAGACAGCAUACCUCUCACACUUCCCUCUCUAACAACUGCACCUUCUGCAUACACCACUUGUAGUAGCCCUUCUUCAUCCAGUACGUAUACAGUCAUGACAUCUCUGAAUGCUGUGGAUUCCCUAGCUGAGAUGCAAGAGACUGCACUCGCCACCAGCAAGCUGAGUUCUGUUACAUUUGGGAUGAAGGAUGAUCCUUCUUCUUCAUUUACUCCACCUGAACCUCUCCUUUAUAGCUCAACAACCAUGGGCAGUGUUGGUGAUAUCUCCUCUAGCUUCUCUGUGACUCCUCGCUGCAAUGAAAACCAUGGAAAUGAAGCCACAGCAACUGGUAGCAAUGAUAGUCCUGGUAGCCACCAGGGACAUGGUGAUGAUGGCAACGGGAUCUCUCCCACCGUAGAUAGUCCAGGUGAUGCUGUUCUUGGUAAUCUUGGCAUGCCACUUGGACUUUGCUCAUCCAGUGAGGAAAGACCAGUCUUCGACAGAAUUGAUGCAUUACAGUCCCAAACUGACAGAGAAUCCACCGAUACAUGCAGUGUGGAGAGUUGCCCAGGAGAUCAUCCUCUGCAGGAGUCUAACAUCCCUGGUAUUCCCUGCUGCAGCACAACAUCACAAGAAGGUGAAAUCAUCAGUUUGAGAUGUAACCUGGAGGCCAGUGAUGAGAACAUUUCCAGCAAUUCGAAAGAAUUCAUGAAUAACACUGAAGGUAUCUGCCAGUCUGAAUCCAGCUCCUCCUCUCACCCUCAACCAAUUACUCAUGAGGAUUCACAGAUGAAAACUGAAGCAACAGGUUGUUCAAUGCCAAAUGAUCUUGUAACUUGCAGUGGUAGAGUUGAGAGUGAAGAAUCAAAGACCACUGAUUCAAGAGGACAGGUCCAUAGCACUGUAUCCAGCAAACCACUACCAAGUAUGGAAAAGCUUUGUGAGCAUCCUCUGACGAAUGGGACCAUCCCGGUUCUUUCACAUCUUCCUAGAGAAGUACUGACCAAAGAUUCAGCAGUAGAACUAGCCAAGAAGAUCCAAGUCUUGAGAGGUAACAGCGAAGGUGAAGCUACUCCAUCCAUCUCACCAGACUCCUUGAGUCCUGAUGGUGCUAUGUCAGAUGAUCCCUUCAGACAAGCUGUUGAUCCAUCGGCCAUUGAUGAGUCAUCCUUUAGCAGCUCAGACAGUGCUGUUGGUCACAUGUCUAGUGUUGGCUAUUCUGAGCUUUCAUCCGGAAUACCAACUGGACCACCUCUUGUCCCAGCAGGAAUCUCUGAAUAAAAUCACGAGGUAAAUGAAACAAUAGGCACUGAAAAAAUUGGACAAACAUGCUCCUUUAAAAGCGAUCCAAGUGUGUCUGUCCUCCCUAAAAAUCAGCUCAAAAUCACCCAUAACAACCUUUGUUUAAGGCUUCAACAUCUUUCCUUCAGUUGCAUUGUCAGCUUAGGCUGUUACUACUAAUUAUCUCCUCUGUUACCUCUUGCCGUUUACUGUAUACAAACCUUUUCUACUGUAGCAUUAACUGACCAGUCACAAGUCAAAGCCAGUUUGUUAUUUCUUUCUUUUUUGGUCAAGUCCAACAGAUUUCUAUUGCUAAGUGAGAUGUUAUUUAUCAGAGUUAUCUGAGAAGCAGAAUACUUAUAUUUUAUUAACAAUUCCUUUCUUAGAAAUCAUGAGAAAAUAUACCAAGUAUCACAUUACAUACCAAGUAAGUUUUGGCAAUAUACGUGUUAAUCAGAGGCUGGACAUGGAGCUAGGUGACUCAAUGAUUCAUGCCAGGGCUGCUUGCCAUAUAAAAAAAAACAGAUACACAUACAUGGUUUCCUGCAUUCAAUGUAGGCUCUUCAGGUUAACUGGGCAAGGUGUUUUCAGUCAUAGGUUUUGGAGAGUUGAACACUGAUACUGGUAUGUAUCUGAUUCCUCUUUAGAAAGUGAUAAAAAGAUUCUAUUGAGGUUUUUGCAGAUUUCAUCACAAAGAUUUCUGUAGGGUGCAGAUGUCAGUAACAUUGGUGUUGGAAUUAUGUUUGGGUUCAGUCUGGAAAAAAUGGGUGCUCAAUAUAUAUUAUAUGUUCUUUAUGAAUUUCAAGUAUUUUUCAUGGCAUCUAUGGCAUUUCUCAUGAUUUUCAAUAGAAUAUAUAUUCAUGAGAAUUUUUUUUUUUCAUGAAGUUCUUUCAUACUAAAACAAUUAUCUCAAAGAGAUAUUUCUUUCAGAUGUAUGUAAUGUAAAAAAGUUACACUAUGUCUAGUAUAGAACAACAGAAUGUAUCUGUAUCAAAACAACUCAGUAUCCAAGACAAUGCAUAUACUAUUCAACUGUAUUAUACCCGUAGCGUCGUGGUGCUUCUAAAUCCAGUGCAAUGGUAGUGUAUGAUAAUAGUUUUCAGUGUCACAGAAAUAGUUUUUUAGCAGCCUAAAAAAGUGCAUAUUCCUUUUUUUAUGAAACCAGUGACUACAGCAUUUUUAAAAAAACUUUAUUUAUUCUGCAUGUUGUUAAGAGUGUACAUUAUUCACAAUGUAGUGGUAUUUGAAAGGACAGAGUAUGUCUUUGCUUUGUAGCAAAGUAACUAACAUAAGAUUUUUUAUUGAUGUAAAUAUAUAUAUAGAUGUAUAAGAUUUUCAAACUUAUACAUAUGAGGCAACACGUGUGUUUUGGCCUCAUUUUUAAGAGGUCCUGAUGUGAAACAAGAAUAUAGUAAUAGUCUUUUAUAGGAACAAUAUUAAUCACUCAAUUCUUAGAUGAGAAUGGUAUAUGAUGAUCUAAAGUUGUUUGAUUCUGUUUUAUUUUAUUCUUAUUAUAUAUUUUUGAAAACAUCAUGAAGUGAACCAUAAAAAAAGUACAAUUUGUAUGCUAUUCUUUCAUAAUGUAACACACCUCUGAAUCUAAGAUUGGAUUCGCGUUGAGUCAUAUGUCUUUUAAAAAUUCAUAUAUAAGCUAGGGGAAAAUCGUAAUAUUCAAAUCAUGAACAUUAUAAAAAAUAGUAAUAAACAAAUAAUAUUACUUGAAACUAAAUCUCAGAUAAAAUUUACUUCUAAAGUCAUAUUUUACAAUUGCCAAACACAAACAAUGGAAAUAAAUAUAUAACUUGUCAUGGAUAUAAUUUAGCAAAUAGAAGUAUAAGCAUGCAGUCAUUGAUACGAUGAACAGAACAGUGUUUAUUGAGAUGUUUUUAAGAACUUAAGAAAACAGUAAUAUACAACUCAUUAUUAACAAAUCAAUUAAAGCACUAAUGAAAAAAUUAAUUAAAAACUAAUGAAAGAAAAAAAAUGUUUAAAUUUAAUGCUGAGCCCUCCGAUUACAUUAAGUUAUUUGUCUCUAUGAAUAGUGCAUAAGGGAAAGGGUAAUAUCAAAUGUUUUGGCCAACACUAGAUGGGAAUAGUAAUAUUCAAUAAACAUUACCAGAUAAUCAUCAAAUUUUUGAAAUUCUUGUAGUGUCAGAUGAUAAUGAUAUCUUGUGCAAGGUAGAUUUUAUAAUGAAUGUUAAUACACAUCUUUGACCAUCCAUUUCUCAUUUGAAAUAAGUUUUUUUCCAUCAUAUUUUCAUUCUAGAUUUAUAAUUUUGUUAAGUUUUCUGGUUAUUCAACAAUCCUAAUUUAUGAUUUUGUUCAUUUUUCUUUUAAUUCAACUACGUCUAUUAGGAGCUAAACACAAAUUGUAAUUGUUAUGUCAGGGAAUAUCUGUUUGAAUAAUGAAAUGAAUACAUGAAGUCAUAUAUGUUAAGUACAUUAUGAAUUUUCAGUGAUAAUGAUAUAUCUGCACAAUACAAUCAGUUCUAGUGUAGGGAUUUUGCAGUUUGAACGAUAACUCUCGACAUCACAAAAUGGAAUGUUGACUUGGAGGAAAAAAAAGAUUAUAAUGAUGCUUUUCUCUUUUCAUCAUCCAAGGCUGUAAACUUUUUUGAAGCCCUUUUUGGGUUGACAUUAGUUGGUGUUUUUUAUUUAGUUUUUUUUUUACCUGUGUCAUAUUUGAUGUUGAGUGUCUGACUUGGGUCGUUUAGAUUAUUAUUAUGUACAAAUAAAAUAAAUUUUAUCAAGAAUAUGUGUACUAGAUCAGACAGAGUAGAAACAUUGCCAUUAAUAACCAUAUGUUUUUGUGUAAUUUAUGUUAGGUAGACUAUUUUGACAAAUGAAAUUGUGUAAUCUCAUGAAAAAAUUCUUGAUAAUCACUCUCUUUUUCUUGCUUUUGGGGGAGGGGCACCAACAUUUUACACACUAAUACAAUUGGACAAUCAGCAAGACAGUUGAUUCAUUAUUAUAACCAUGAACAUUUUUAAAUUUUUUUUUAUCCUUCUUUGUUUCCUUCUUUUCCUCAUCUUUCAUCUCUUGUCUUCUCAAACUCAUUCACUCUUCUCUUCUCCUUGUUCUCCUCCUUUUUCUUCUUCGUAAUUUCCUUUUGAAUAUACUCUUUAGUAAGAGAAAGUAAUGUGGAGAUUGUAAGCCAUCAUUCACUAUUUAAAAAACUCUAUUCUAUUCAUGGUUAAAACCAGAGAAAAUGAAAUUUCCUGGUUAAUAACAUUCUCAUUUUGGACUUGUUUCUUAUAAAUGAUAUGCUUACAAGAUUUUGCAAUACCAACCAUUUGUCUCUUCUGCCUGUUCACACUUGGCAGUAAUGGAAAAAUAUGUAAUUAAUGCCAUUUCCUAAAAGGUGAGAAAUUUGUAUCAUGUUAAGUUAACCACAGAGGUUGAAUCCCUCUUCUGGUUCCAUGUUUUGCUGGAAAUCAUUAUUCAAAUUUACAUUGAUAAAUUUCAAGGUCUGUUUUUAAUAAUUUUGUGACUCCUCUAGUUUGAAAUUCAAGCAAAGUCCAUGAUGCAUAUAUUAAUAAACUACCAGCUAGGAGUUGUAUAAAAAGGUGUGCUUUUUAAAGGAAAAUCACAGGUUCUGUCUCAGUUUUUCUGAGAAUUACAUGUAUUUCCUUUUUAUAAUAAAGCUUUUGUUGCUUAAUGCAAUGAAAAAGGACUGACUUCAUCUUGCACUCAAAAUACAUUGUAAUGUAUAUGUUUGAAUAGGAUUUUAUGACAAAUCUUGUUCAAAUUAAAUCUUACCACACUCGUCAGAAGCAUUUGAAAGCAAAGUGUUAUAAAAUCGCAUGACAUUGUAUAUUUUGUAUGAUACUAUUACAGUUAACUCUAUAAUAUAUUGUAUGAAAUGUAUGUAUUACAUGUAAUAUAUAAUGUUAUAUGUACAUGUAGUAUAUAUCAAUUACAUUAAAUAUAUAUAUCAUAUUUUACAUAUAAAUUCAAUACUCAUAGGUGUGAGGUUUGAGUUUUGAAUACUACAUUCACAAUUUUAAUAUAUUUUAUUAAAGAGAAAGUCAUGUUUUUUCUUAUCAAUCCUCAAUUUGAUAAAAAUAUUUUUAACUGGCUGCAG